GCUUCUGUACGCUUUCAUCAAGUCAAGCAGGGAGCAAGUUUCCACCCUGCGUAAACAGCCACCAUGCCAACCAAGAGCGUUAUUGACGAGCGAAUCUCAAAAUUCAAAAACAAGGGCAAAGAUCCAGCCAAGCUUCGGGACAAAAGGAUCUCUGCUUGCGUGGAACUGCGCAAAGCUAACAAGGAUGAAAAUUUCCUGAAGAGAAGAAACAUAUCGGUGGACCUCUCUCCUGGUUACAUCUCCAACGAGAUGGUGGGCUUUUUAUCCAUUGAGGACAUCAUUAAAGACGUGAACUCUGACUGCAAAGAUUCCCAAACCCGAGGCUGUCAAGCAGCCAGGAAGCUGCUGUCUCAGGAGCGUAACCCUCCCCUGAGAGAGAUCAUUGAUGCAGGUCUGCUGUCUCGCUUUGUGUCCUUCCUGUGUAUGGAUGAUGAGCCGACUCUGCAGUUUGAAGCAGCUUGGGCCCUUACAAACAUCGCCUCUGGGACAUCUUGGCAUACUCAACAGGUGGUGGAACAUGGGGCUGUGCCAGCUUUCAUCGCCUUGCUGUCUUCACCCAUGUUGCACAUCAGUGAACAGGCUGUCUGGGCACUUGGAAACAUUGCAGGUGAUGGUGCAGCUUAUCGAGACAUCCUGAUUGAGUGCAAUGUUAUCCCAGCCUUACUGGCCCGCAUCUGCCCAGACACUCCAGUUGGCUACCUGCGUAACCUGACAUGGACAUUGUCCAACCUGUGUCGCAAUAAGAAUCCGUUUCCACCCUUGUCUGCAGUCCUGCAGGUGCUUCCCUCUCUGAGCCAGUUGCUCCAUCUCAGUGAUAAAGACAUCUUGUCUGAUGCAUGCUGGGCAAUCUCCUACCUCUCAGACGGAGACAAUGAUCGUAUUGAUGUUGUGGUGAAAACUGGUAUUGUUACUCGGCUGGUGGAUCUUAUGAGCCACGAGGAGCUCAGUGUCAUGACCCCGGCUCUCCGCUCAAUCGGGAACAUCGUGAGUGGCUCAGACCUGCAGACCCAGGUGGCAGUUGAUGCCGGAGUUCUGAAAGUCCUACCUGAACUGAUGAGGAACCCGAAGGCCAGCGUGCAAAAGGAGGCAGCGUGGGCGUUGUCAAACAUCGCUGCAGGACCAUGUAUGCAAAUCCAACAACUCAUCACCUGCGGCCUGCUCCCGCCUCUGGUGGAACAGCUCAGAAAUGGACUUAAUAUUGUUCACUGGAUGGCAAAUGUUAUGAGAGAAGCAGCUGAAUCUUUUUCUCAGGGAGACUUCAAAACUCAAAGGGAGGCAGUGUGGGCGGUGACUAACUUCACCAGCGGGGGCACUGUGGAGCAAGUUGUCAAUCUGGUGCAGAGUGGGGCCCUGGAGGCGAUAAUCAACCUGUUGCAGGUCAAAGACUCUAAAGUCAUUCUGGUCAUACUGGAGGCCAUCAACAACAUCUUCAUGGCAGCAGAGAAGCUUGGUGAGAUCGAGAAAUGUAGCUUGUUGGUUGAAGAGCUGGGAGGACUGGACCGCAUUGAGAUGCUGCAGAACCAUGACAAUGACACUGUGUACCAGGCUGCUCAUGCCCUCAUAGAGAAGUACUUUUGUGAUGGUGAGGUUGUGGGAGUCAAGGUCGACAGUACAGAUGACUCAUUUGUAUUUAAGACCUCUGAUGUUCAGAGAGCCUUUGAAUUUUAAAGCUAUUGUAUGCAUUUUUGAUGAAUUCAUGUUUAAAUAAAUAAAGGGUUCAGUACGUU